UUCGGCCCACACACCUUCCAGAAAGAAGCCCGACCUCCCCAAGACCGCGCGGAGGGACGCUGCGCCGGGCUUCCAGGUUGUCCCCAGCGCACCCCCUCCGGAGUCGUGGGAUCCUGGGAAGCCGGAACAGGCCGCGGAGCCCCGCGCCGCCCCCCCCCCCGCCCCCGGCCCGCGGGCCAUGGCCGACAGCGGCGGCUCGGGCGGCUCGGGGCCCUGGUGGAAAUCGCUGGCCAACAGCAGGAAGAAGAGCAAGGAGGCGGCGGGGGCGCAGCCGCCCGCGCAACCUGCGCCCGGGGAGCCCGCGCCGGCCGCGCCGCCCAGCCCGGACUGGACGGGCGGCUCCCGGGAGAACCAGCACCCCAACCUCCUGGGCGGCGCCGGCGAGCCGCACAAGCCGGACAAGCUGAGCGGGGAGAAGUCGGGCAGCAGCAGCCGCCGCAACUUGAAGAUCUCGCGCUCCGGGCGCUUUAAGGAGAAGAGGAAGGUGCGCGCCACUCUGCUGCCCGAGGGCGGCGGGGCCGCGGAGGAGGCCGCCUUCCCCGGGGACCCCCGCGACGACGCGCAGUAGCGAGCGGGGCGCGCCGGGCCUGCCCCUCUCCCCGCCACCCUCCCUGCCCCCCAGCUCUGCACCGCCCCAGUACCCCGCGUCUCCGCCCGCCAACCUCAGAGGCGUGCACACGAGGCCUCCACGCUUUGGUUUUCCUGGAAAUUGAAGUGUCCGCUGAGCUUUCAGUGUUUCAGGACUCAAGGAGGCAUCGCGUGUUUAUCUGUGCUGGGAGAAGGGGCCUGCCACAGAGCAAGUUGGCAUCAUCAUCUCUAUCUCCCCCCCCCCAAAGUUCUCCCGUGGCCUCCAUCCCUUGUGCCACCCGGGGAGUGAGAAGGGCCCUUCUUCGAGUUGGUGGCCCAACUGGGACUGCGCAGCCGGGACACCCAGCCCUGAUUCAGGACUCGCUCUCCGAAAGCGAAUCACAGUGGCUGCUUUCAACGCCAGGGAAAUGCACUUUAGACGUACUUGGGUAGCAUCCUACUUUAAGUGAAGGGACGACGGACGACGAGAGAGGGCAGGAAACCUUCUUAGGUAGAAGCAUUUUAAGUAAGGCAAGAGAUUGCUUGUAAACGUUGAACCACAAAACUGUACUGCCUGUUUUCGUGUGGGCUUAUUAAAAUUGUCGCACUGUAAGACUUAAGGUGA